AAUUUACCAACCGCAAAUACACCGCAGAAGAAGAAGAGCAACCCGGAUGUAAACAAAUUACUCUGAAUUAUUGUUGUUAACGCGGGUUUAAAUUAGUCUGAACUAUUGUUGUUAGCGCGGGUUUAAAUUAGUCUGAACUAUUGUUAGUGCGGGUUCACGUUAAAUUAGUUGCUUUACGUGUUUUUGUAAAGUUAGCCGUUAGCCGACUGCAGCUAACAACAUGGAUGACAACAAGAUGGUGGCCGGUAAAGUGAAGAAACCGGGGAAACGUGGUCGUAAACCUGCGAAAAUCGACCUGAAGGCCAAACUGGAGCGAAGCCGCCAGAGCGCCAGAGAAUGUCGAGCGAGGAAGAAGCUGAGGUACCAGUACCUGGAGGAGCUGGUGUCGAGUAAAGAGAGAGCGAUCUGCGCCCUGAGGGAGGAGCUGGAGAUGUACAAACAGUGGUGUUCGGCCAUGGAUCAGGGGAAGAUCCCGUCAGAGAUCAAAGCUCUGUUGACCGGGGACGAGCAGAAAACGCCUCAAAGCGGCGGCGGCACCAAGACGUCCAAGAACAGCAAGAACAGCAAGAACAGCGUCGGCAGCAACAGUCAGGGUUAACCUGAGCGGCGAGGGAACGCUACGCCUCGGACGGAGGUUACAGACUGACGAGAGAAACUGCUGCUGUCAAUCAUCCUCAACAUACAUGUCAACGUUCACACUAACACACAGGAAGUGGCAGGUUCACGGCUUUUUUCCUUUCCGCCAGUUUCUUGUUUCAUAGACGAACGUGAAGCUGCGUUCCAGUUCCUGACUCAUGAAACUGCUCUAAUAGGUCAGACGUCAGUUCUUCAUCAGGGCGCCGCAGCUCGAGGCGGUCACGUGACUUAAGAAAGUCAAACUUUAUUAACAUCACGUUUUCUGAGAAGUCUUUCUUCUGAUUUGUAAAAUGCACAUUUUCUGUGGGACAGAUUAAAAUAACGUGAAACAAUGUUGGACAGUUUGAAGGUCGACCACAGAUCAGCUGAGGUUUUUUAUUUUAAAUUAAAUUGUUAAGAAAAAGUAAAUAAUCUAUCAGCACUUUGUAAAACUAAGAUUCACCACAGAGCUCAUUACAAAUAUCAAUGGUUUUAAUGUGUUCGUCCACGUUUCUCCAGAGUUGCAAGAAAAAUUCAAAUUAAAUGUUUCAGACAUUUUUAUAAACUGCUUCUGGAAUCCUGAGUCACAUGACUGAUGACGGAGAGGAAACAGGAAACGACAGACGCUCUGAUGAAGCUGAUUAAAUCUUAACGUGACACGUGAAUGUGGCUUUAAUAUUUUACCUUUGUUUGAAUUUGACCGGUUCUACGAACGUGGCCUCAGAGGUCAGAUGUCAGAGUGGCAGGAAGUGGACAGUGUGAGAUAUAUUUUUGUAUUUGAGUGUUUUCGUGAAGGAAAAGUUGGAUUUUCUGCUUCUUGUGAGUAAAAUGAUAAAAAUCAAUGAGUAGUUUCACCUGCAGCUUUUUAUUCUUUCAUAUUUUCACAUUUAUAAAACCAUCAGUUUACUUUGUUCCUUUCUCUUCGCUUGUGUCUGAGAGUUAGAAUUAAACACAUCAAUGUUUACUGCUGAUUUUACUUCGGACCAACAAGUUUGAAGUGUUUUUUUGUCCUUUGUUAAAGUUUUUGCACUUUCUUCACUUUCUUCAGACGCACUUUGAACUUUGCUCAUUUUGUUUCCCAUGAAAAUAAACGUGUGUUUGACUGAGACUCUGUGAUGAACAGAAACUUAUUACAUGUUCUCACACAAACAUCUGAUCAGAAGCUGGAUAAUGUUUCAUAAAACAAUAAAAGAACUGUACAUGAAAUGUCA